AUGGGAAAAUUUGAAAUUAGGAUUCUUCAUCUGGUGUGCCUCGGCCAGGUCAACAGGAAUUUGUAUGUGGUCUAGUCUAGGUCUGAUAAACGCACACCCCGUUUUAGGAAAUCAAAUACAGCGAAGGUAAGUGGAGAAAUCAUGUUGUUGUAUUUUGAGUGGAACAGCCACAUGCUAUGCAAUCACAAACAGCUCUUUGUGUCAAUAUCAGGGGGACUGGAGACUGGGGCCAUGUGGAUGCACCUGUCCAAAUAUAUCAGCAUCUUCCUCCUGCUGACCCUUUCAGGCCUGUUCAUCAUCAACAUUCUAGAGGUAAGGAGAGAAAGUGAUCUUUCCCCAUCACCAUCUACCUACAUUAGCCUACCACCAGUGGAGGCUGCUGAGGGGAGGACAGCUCAUAAUAAUGGCUGGAAUGGAAUCAAUGGAGUGGAAUCAACCUGUCACGAAUUCAGCCGAGGCUGCCCCUCCUCCUUGCUCGGGCAGGCUUUCGGCGUUCGUCCUCACCGGAGUACUAGCUGCCACCGAUCUAUGUUUCUGUGUUCUACUUGUUUUGUCUUUAUUGUAAACACCUGGUUCCCAUUGUGUUCAUGAUUUGUUCCCUAUUUAACCCUCUGGCUCCCACUGUGUUGUGUGCGUGUUUGUUCUAUGUUUGGUGUCAUAGACUGGUGAGCGGGAUUUGUCCUCCCUGCGUGGAGAUUAUGUUAAUUUAUUUUCACGAGUAAAGUACGUUGUCUGCUAGCUUUGUGUCCUGCGCCUGACUCCGUCCUACCGCUACACACUGACGCCUGACAGAAACACGCACCUCAAAUGGAGUCAGCAGGUACAUUCAUUCCUUCAGGAUCAGUGGAGGAACACAUCCAGCAGCAAGCGACCAUGAUACAGACUCUCGGCACAGCCAUGGAUCGCGUGUUGAACACUAUGGAGCGAUGGGAGAGAGGGGGUUUUCCUACACCUCCUUCAACUACACUGCAACCCAUACCGCUGUCCACCCCUUCACCACCUGGACCCAGUGGGAUUCGGCUCUCGCUCCCGAGGGCAUAUGAUGGUACAGCUGCCGGGUGCCAGGGGUUCCUGCUCCAGGUGGAGCUCUACCUGGCGACCAUCCACCCGGCUCCCUCGGGAUACGAGAGCGUGUCCGCCCUCAUCUCCUGUCUGUCGGGGAGAGCGCUCGCGUGGGCCAACACCGAGUGGGGAGGAAUAGACGCGGCGUCGGUGCGCUAUGAAGAUUUCAGCCGCCGCUUCCGGGCGGUAUUUGAUCAUCCACCAGAGGGGAGAGCGGUGGGGGAACGUCUGUUCUACCUCAGACAGGGCUAGAGGAGCGCUCAGGACUUCGCACUGGACUUCAGGACCCUGGCAGCCAGGGCGGGAUGGAAUGAGAGGGCCCUAAUUGACCACUACCAACCUACGGGAGGACGUUCGUCGGGAGCUGGCCUGCAGGGACACCACCCUUAACCUGGACCAGCUGGUGGAUUUAUCGAUAUGGCUGGAUAACCUGUUGGCUACCCGCGGACGUCCGGAUCGGGGUCCGCCCAUUCCAUUCCCCAGCACCUCCGACCCUAAACCGAUGGAGCUCAGAGGUGCUGCUCUAAGGGAGACCGGAAGGGGGGCAGUUUCCUGCACCAACUGUGGCCGCAGAGGACACACUGCUGGUCGGUGCUGGGGAGGUUCCUCAGGGAGUCGAGGCAGCAGGCAGAGCACUGGUGGACCAUCCCAGGUGAGUAGGCACCCGACUCACCCAGAGCUCCCUGUUGCACACAUGUGUAUUGACAUAGAAUUUCCUGAGUUUUCCCCGCAUUCCCAGCAUAAGGCGCUCGUAGAUUCAGGCGCAGCUGGGAACUUUAUUGAUCGUAUAUUUGCCCGUAGAUUAGGGAUUCCUAUUGUUCCUGUUGAUGUGCCCUUCCCUGUACAUGCCUUAGAUAGUUGCCCUUUAGGGUCAGGCCUGAUUAGGGAGGUCACAGCUCCACUCUGGAUGAAAACGCAGGAGGGUCAUGAGGAGAGAAUUGUUAUUUUUCUGAUCGAUUCUCCUGCGUUUCCAGUGGUGUUGGGGCUUCCCUGGUGAACCUCUCAUGACCCAACUAUUUCAUGGCAACAGAGGGCUCUCAAGGGAUGGUCAAGUCAGUGCUCGGGGAGGUGUGUAGGAGUUUCCAUAGGUGCAACUACGGUGGAAAGUCCAAACCAGGUCUCCACUAUGCACAUUCCCCCCGAAUAUGCUGAUUUGGCUCUCGCUUUCUGUAAAAAGAAGGUGACUCAAUUACCACCCCAUCGACAGGGGGAUUGUGCGAUAAAUAUCCAGGUAGGCGCUGCACUUCCCCGGAGUCAUGUGUAUCCUCUGUCACAGGAGGAGACGGAAGCUAUGGAAACACAUGUCUCCGAAUCUCUGGGACAGGGAUACAUUCGGCCGUCCACUUCACCUGCCUCCUCGAGUUUCUUUUUUGUGAAGAAGAAGGAUGGAGGUUUACGCCCGUGCAUUGAUUACCGCGGUUUCAAUCAGAUCACUGUUAGGUACAGUUAUCCACUACCUCUCAUUGCUAGUGUGACGGAGUCAUUGCACGGGGUGUGCUUCUUCACCAAAUUGGAUCUCAGGAGCGCGUACAACCUGGUGCGUAUCCGGGAAGGGGAUGAGUGGACGACGGCAUUUAGUACCACAUCUGGGCACUAUGAGUACCUCGUCAUGCCGUACGGGUUGAUGAAUGCUCCAUCAGUUUUCCAAUCCUUUGUCGAUGAGAUUUUCAGGGACCUGCACGGACAGGGUGUAGUGGUGUAUAUAGAUGACAUUCUCAUAUACUCCGCUACACGAGCCGAGCACGUGUCCCUGGUGCGCAAGGUGCUUGGUCGAUUGUUGGAACAUGACCUGUACGUCAAGGCGGAGAAAUGUCUGUUCUUUCAACAGUCCGUCCCCUUCCUAGGGUACCGCCUGUCCGUGUCAGGGGUGGAGAUGGAGAAUGACCACAUUUCGGCUGUGUGUAAUUGGCCGACUCCAACCACGGUUAAGGAGGUGCAGCGAUUCUUAGGGUUUGCCAACUACUACUGGAGGUUUAUCCAGGGCUUUGGUCAGGUAGCGGCUCCCAUUACCUCCUUGCUGAAGGGGGGACCGGUGCGACUGCAGUGGUCAGCUGAGGCGGACAGGGCUUUUGGUCACCUGAAGGCCCUGUUACCUUGGCUCCUGUGCUGGCUCAUCCGGAUCCCUCCUUGGCAUUCAUAGUAGAAGUGGACACAUCCGAGGCUGGGAUAGGAGCUGUUAGCUGUUGUCCAGGCUCUGAAAGCGUGGAGGCAUUGGCUUGAGGGGGCUAAACACCCAUUCCUCAUUUUGACUGACCACAGCAAUCUGGAGUACAUCCGGACGGCGAGGAGACUGAACCCUCGCCAGGCAAGGUGGGCCAUAUUUUUCACCCGUUUUGUGUUCACCCUUUCUUACAGACCAGGUUCCCAGAACGCUAAGGCAGACGCUUUGUCCCGGCUGUAUGACACAGAGGAGAGGUCCAUGGAGCCCACUCCCAUACUUCCGGCUUCUUGUCUGGUGGCACCGAUGGUAUGGGAGGUUGACGCGGACAUCGAGCGGGCGUUACGUACGGAGCCCACUCCCCCCCAGUGUCCAGAGGGUCGUAUGUACAUUCCGUUAGAUGUCCGCGAUCGAUUGAUCUAUUGGACUCACACGUCACCCUCCUCUGGUCAUCCUGGCAUCGGUUGGACAGUGCACUGUCUUAGUGGGAAGUACUGGUGGCCCACUUUAGCUAAGGUCCUGAGUGACUGUUUCCUCCUGCUCGGUGUGCGCCCAGUGCAAGGCACCUAGACACCUGCCCAGAGGGAAAUUACAACCCCUACCCGUUCCACAACGGCCGUGGUCACACCUAUCGGUGGAUUUCGUUACGGACCUUCCCCUGUCACAAGGGAACACCACAAUCCUGGUCGUUGUGGAUCGGUUUUCUAAAUCCUGCCGUCUCAUUCCUUUGACCGGUCUCCCUAUGGCCCUACAGACUGCGGAGGCCCUGUUUACACAAGUCUUCCGGCACUACGGGGUACCUGUGGAUAUAGUGUCUGAUCGGGGUUCCCAGUUCACCUCAAGGGUCUGAAGGAUGUUCAUGGAACGUCUGAGGGUCUCGGUCAGCCUGACCUCAGGGUUUCACCCCGAGAGUAAUGGGCAGGUGGAGAGAGUAAACCAGGAUGUGGGUAAGUUUCUGCGGUCCUAUUGCCAGGACCGACCGGGGGAGUGGUCGGUUUUCAUCCCCUGGGCAGAGAUGGCCCAAAACUCCCUCCGCCACUCCUCCACUAACCUUUCUCCAUUUCAGUGUGUAUUAGGUUAUCAGCCGGUCCUGGCACCAUGGCAUCAGAGCCAGAUCGAGGCACCUGCGGUGGAUGAAUGGUUUCGGUGCUCGGAGGAGACCUGGAAUGCUGCCCAUGUACGCCUGCAAUGGGCUAUCAGGCGACAGAAGGCGAGCGCCGACCGCCACCGCAGUGGGUCUGGCUCUCGACCCGAAACCUGCCCCUUCGCCUGCCCUGCCGGAAGCUGGGUCGGCGUUUGUGGGGCCAUUUAAAGUCCUGAGGAGAUUGAACGAGGUUUGUUAUAGGUUACAGCUUCCUCAUAAUUACCGUAUUAACCCCUCGUUCCAUGUGUCUCUCCUCAGGCCGGUGGUAGCUGGUCCACUCCAGGAGUCUGAGGUAUGGGAGGUUCCUCCGCCCCCACUGGACAUCGAGGGGGCACGGGCGUACUCGGUCCGUUCCAUCCUGGAUUCGAGGCGUCGGGUGGGGGGCCUGCAGUAUCUCGUGGAGUGGGAGGGGUACGGUCCGGAGGAACGGUGCUGGGUCCCUAGGAGGGACAUCCCUCGACCCCUCCCUGUUGAGCGAUUUCCACCGUCGUCAUCCGACUCGCCCUACUCCGCAUCCUCCUGGCCGUCCCCGAGGCCAGUGUCGGCGCACAGCUGCCACCGAUCUAUGUUUCUGUGUUCUACUUGUUUUGUUUUUAUUGUACACACCUGGUUCCCAUUAUGUUCAUGAUUUGUUCCCUAUUUAACAUUUUUUUAAACAUUUUUUUUACAUUUUUUUAGUCAUUUAGCAGACGCUCGUAUCCAGAGCGACUUACAGUUAGUGAAUACAUAUUUUUUUAUAUACUGGCCCCCGUGGGAAACGAACCCACAACCCUGGCAUUGCAAACGCCAUGCUCUAUCAACUGAGCUACAUCCCUGCCGGCCAUUCCCUCCCCUACCCUGGACGACGCUGGGCCAAUUGUGCGCCGCCCAUGAGUCUCCCGGUCGCAGCCGGCUGCGACAGAGCCUGGAUUCGAACCAGGAUCUCUAGUGGCACAGUUAACACUGCGAUGCAGUGCCUUAGACCACUGCACCACUCAGGAGACGCCUCGAAGUGGGGUUUAACCGACCAUUUAACCCUCUGGCUCCCACUGUGUUGUGUGCGUGUUUGUUCUAUGUUUGGUGUCAUAGACUGGUGAGCGGGAUUUGUCCUCCCUACGUGGAGAUUAUGUUAAUUUAUUUUCAUGAGUAAAGUACGUUGUCUACUAUCUCUGUGUCCUGCGCCUGACUCCGUCCUACCGCUACACACUGACGCCUGACACAACCACAUGGAAACCACGUCUUUGAUGUGUUUGAUGCCAUUCCAUUUGCUCUGUUCCAGCCAUUAUUAUGAGCCAUCCUCCCCUCAGCAGCCUCCACCGCCUAACACCCUUUCCCCCUUAGUGACCUCUAUUCUCCUCCACAGUGGAAAUUGGACCUAUGCAGCUUGGACCUACGCAGGAUCCACUCAGAGGACCCUCCUCCCCUGGACCGCGAGCGAAGCUUCUGUAGCCACCUGGGUAAGGAGCCCUCACCUGAGGAGGCUCUGGAGGAGCGUAACCUCCUGGAAUCCAUCGCCUGGCCAGAGACUCAGCCAUGGCUCACGUCUUCACCCCUGACCCAGACCAGUGACCCUGCACACAGCCUGUUUGCAAUCCUCCCAGCAGGGGGUAGGAGAGAGUGGCACGUGGGGGACCAGCUGGAGGCUCUGGUCCUUAUGAAAGAUUUCCAGGGACGUCCCAAGAGCCAUGGUGGGGACUUCUUGCUGGCCCGGCUGCACUCCCCAGAGCUGGAGGCGGGUGUUGCCGGACACGUGCUGGACCACAGGAAUGGGACUUACUCUGCCAUUUUUCCAUUACUGUGGGAGGGGUCUGUAUGGGUGGACGUGACAUUAGUCCAUCCUAGUGAGGCAGUUCCUGUUCUACGACGCUUACGUGAGGAACAUCCUGACAGGGUGCUUUACAAGAGCCUGUUCCGCUCUGGAAUAUUGUCUGAGACCACCAUGUGUAACCUGCGCCUGCCAACCAACCAGCAGCCGCUGUGCAAUUACACAGACCCCAACACGGGUGAACCCUGGUACUGCUACAAGCCCAAGCAGCUGCUGAGCUGUGACACACGGAUCAACCACUUCAGGGCAGGUUACCAGAAAGAUCUGAUAACCGAUAAGGAAGCACUGCUCUUCCAAAGGUAAUUGCGGGGUGAAAAGAGUGGUUGUAGGAAAAAGUGUACGUUUUACCUUGGACAUAUGCAGUAUUUUUGCCUUUUGUUAUAUGUACAAUUACAGGGUAUGGUUCUGGGGAAUGCUAUUGCUUGCUUUAAAAUGUAAAAUUAUUCUCUAAAUGUUUUAGUGGCGUUAACCUCAAAGCACGUAUUCAUGCUAUGGCAAAUGACAGUGUCACUGUGCUGCCUAAGAAAAAAGGUAAGAGUUCCGUAGUGUGAAGGAAAAUCAGAGAGUUUCUGUAAAGUGGUGGUAGCUGGUGCCUCAUGCCUCCUCUUGUAUUUCCGACAAACAAGAGGUGGAAAGCAGCAGUGCAAAGGCAGCGCCUAUCAGGACCACAGCCUCUGGUUAUUACUUCCAAGGGUCAUGGCGGGGGCUGGGUGGUGUCGUGAUUCGCCAGUUUAAGGACACCACUGCCAUUACUCAGUGUCUGAAGGACAAGAUGGUGUACAUGUAUGGAGACUCCACCGUCAGACAGUACUACGAGUUCCUCACCAGCUUCUUGCCAGGUGAGUGUUGUUUGCCAAUACUAUUACAUCUCAUACUCACCUGUCUCAGGUGUACUAAAAUUCUCUCUCCCUCUCUCUCCCCCAACAUUCAUCUCCCUCUCUCUCUGUCAAAGAGCUGAGGGAAUUCAACCUUCAAAGUCCUGUGAGCGCAGGGCCCUUCAUGGCGGUGGACAUCCCCCACAACAUCCUGCUAAAGUACCGGAGCCACGGUCCCCCCAUCUCUUGGACCCCUAUCAGCAUCAGUCAGCUGCGCUAUGUAGCUAACGAGCUGGAUGGCCUGGCCGGGGGCUCAAAAACUGUUGUAGUCAUCAGCAUUUGGGCUCAUUUCAGCACCUUCCCUGUGCAGGUCUACAUUCGCCGACUACGCCACAUUCGAAGGGCGGUGGUGCGGCUUCUGGACCGGGCUCCGGAGACUGUGGUAGUGGUGCGCUCUGCCAACCUCCGGGCCCAAAGCCUACAGGAGAGCCUCAACUUCAGUGACUGGUUCUCAGUGCAGCUGGACGAGGUACUCAAGGCCAUGUUCAGGGGUCUGAAUAUCUUCUUCGUGGACGCCUGGGAGAUGACCCUUGCCCACCACCUCCCCCACAAUAUCCACCCACACCCUCCCAUCAUCAAGAACAUGAUAAACACUAUCCUCUCUCACAUCUGCCCAGUGAAGAACUAG